AUGAGCAAAAGAAAGAGUCGAGGGUUGGAAUUGAGGCAUCCAUCACCAGAGGAAUCGAAAUCAUCGUCAGUUGAUCACUUGCCGGGGUUGGUGUCACCAUGUUCAUCCUCGUCUUCAAUAUCAAAUUCAUCAAAGAUGACUGUUCAUGAUCAAGGAGCCUCGACGGAGACAAAAGAAGAUAAUGUAGCGCAGUAUGCAAACGCAAUUACAAAGGAGAUGGUUCUUGUUGGUUGUCCUAAAUGUUACAUGUAUGUUAUGUCAUCAGAAGUUGAACCAAAGUGUCCCAAGUGCAAGACUACAGUUUUUCUUGAUCUUUUUAUAGAGGAAGAUUAA